AAUUCAAAGCUAGUUCAACUUGGGAACAUUUCGUUCACAUCCUUCUCAACAGAAAUUACCUCGUAGGCUUGGUCCAGAAUCCUGUUUCUACAGCUCUUUAACUCAAAAAGAACAUAGGAUUUCAGUCUCCGAAAAACUGAAUCGGUCGUAUAUCCGCCUGGAACAGAAAUAUUUAUCUUGCCGAAUAAGAAAAAAAAAUGCAGAAGCAGAGUCCAGCAGCAGGUGAUGAAAGCCGAGUGAAUUAUGCCAAAAGCACAAAAGUUAAACAAAAUCGGGCAAAGCGAGGGAUCAGGCGUCGGCCACCCGCAUCACAUCAAGACCAGAUCAACGCGCCUAGGCGCCGCAUCAAAUGGCGUAGGCGCCUCCGAAGGCAGCAAAACCAGCAGCGUAGAGAAAAGGUCUCCCUCCAAAGGGGACCGUCACCCAAUAGACAACACACAAAGGGCGCCGACAGCAGAGAUGCACGCGGCAGUCACCACCCACCCGACCAACCUGGCCGGUCUCAGCCUACCAGAAGACACCGUCGAGGUGCACUUCAUCCCAGAUUCCGAAAGCAACUUGGUGCGCAUUCCAGGACGAGGCGAGGUCAUCCAGCUACGCCACCACGGCCGAGUGAUAACGCUCCCAAUCGCAAACGCGGCAGAGGCCGACAGAAGAGACGCUCAAAAGAGCUACAGCCUGAAAAACAGCGCCCCUCAGGAAGUUCCAGUAGAUUUCAGCCCCGGGGGACCGAGGGGAGACCCGCUCCUGGGACGGAUGGCCCCACUGGCCCCGCCGUCUCCUGCUGGAAAUGUGUCCGUCGACUCCGGCGUAUUAGACGUCUCCGGAGGAAGCAACAGCAGCGAAAGCCUCGGCUUGUCAUCAGAAUUAUUUCGCACGGAGGACGAGCUCAACAUGGGCCCGACGAGGCUGCCAAGCAUCGAAAGCGCCUUCAGCAGAGUAGGGGAAGCUUUCAGAGGGUCAGACUCCCUGACCCCCCUCACCUCCGACCCCCCUCCAGCCCACAGUCUGGAACCGACAGCCACGCGAGUUCUUGAACCGCCACCUGCUCACACCACUCUUGAAACCGCUCCCUCUUACGCUACUUUAAGCACAAGAAGUGGUUUUCAUCAGUUAGACUGUGGCGCGAAUCGGCUAGUAAACGCAGACUAUUGUACCAACAGGACUGUGCCUGCAACGCUCUACAGCAGUUACCCAGCCCCUCCGACAGUUUCCUCCCCUUCAGCUACUGUUUUGCCAUAUGCCCACGAGUCGGCUUACGUGGAUGCCAUGGGCACGUUGAGUACCUACCAACCCCUCACUCGAUCGACACCGCUCCUGGCACCUUCAGACAGUCUGCACACGCAGCUGAUACCAGGAAUUCACAGCUACCCCCCGGAAUAUACUUUCAGAUACACAGAUCAGUGUGGAGUCAGUGGGCCAAGCACCAGUGUUCCUGGGCAACUCGGCCUCACAUACUCUCAUGGAAGUCCCCCAGUCAAUGGACUUAGUCGUCCUUACACAUCUCCACCAUCUUCAGGAGUUAGCAGCAAUGGGACCCUGGCCAAUCAGCCUGUCGAUCCGAACAGCCUGCCCCGCACAGGACCUGGGUCAAGAGGAGGGAGGGCCAGGUCUCAAAGGGUCCACGAGAAGCUUUCACGAGAAGAGUAUAAGAAAUCUGCUUGUGACCGCGAAAGGACGAGGAUGCGUGAUAUGAACAACGCCUUCGACGUGCUACGUGAAAGACUGCCUUUCUGCAAGCCACCGGGGAAGAAAUGCACCAAAAUGGACGGCCUGACGGGCCGAGACAGAUUUCCUUCGAAGCUGGAGACACUGAGGUUGGCCAUCAGGUAUAUUCGUCACCUCAUCAACACCUUAUCGGUUCCACCAGAAAGUGUGUACCCUGAAUACGAUCCACCACCUUACAAUGUCAGCAGCGUCCCACCAAAUCUACGUAUGCAACAUAGGUUUUAUCCACCUACCUCCCACUCGACACCUCAUACCUCCGCUAUGACAAUAUAUUCUUCAGCACAUUCCUUAGAUAGCAUAGAGUAUCCUUAUAUGCCUCAAGGUUUGGCAACUUCGUUGCCUCACGAUUAUCUUAGGGACACACUUUGGCAAUCAGAGACGCAGUUAGCAGAGUACCAAUACUAAGCUAGUCCUCUUUAUUUGAGUCCAUCAUUCUUUUAUAUCUUAGCUUUUACGAUAAUGAGUGGAGUAUAACUUCUUGUGUAAUACUUUUCCCAA